AAGGACACGCCCACUUCCGUGUCAAACUUUUGUAUCCUCAGAACUUUAUUACUUCUUUGCCGCACAGCACUGCCGGUUUUAAACACAAAUAAAUAAAUGUGGAGGAUGUCGCUGAGAUUUUAUUACGGAGUUUGUUAAGCGGAGGAGUCAUGCUCCUGCUCUAGGACAAGCCUGGGAAGGAAGCCACAGCUGCCUCAGUAUGUUGGGCUACGGACAUUCUGCCAUGAAGCCGAUGCUAGGUUGUACCUACUCCUGCGUGAGGCGUCUGCACGUCAUAGCGGCACGGAAGCCGAGCACCAGAGCUUGUGAUGUGUUGUGUGCAUCAGGAAGGAACAUACAUAAAAGGAACGUGUUUUCACCAGUGGGAAAGAAGCUCUACUUUGAUACCCACGUAGUGGUUCAAGCCCUGGAGGCCAAAGGAUUCACAACUCAGCAGUCGGAGAUGAUUGUGUCAGCACUACUUAAAAUCAUGAACGCCAAUACGGACCUCAUAUAUCACGACAUGGUUUUCAAAGUACAGCAGGAGAUUAGUCUUCAGCAGGUCAUGUCACACAUAACCUCUGCAAAAAAGGACAUGAUCAUCUUGGAGAAAAGUGAAUUCUCAUCUCUAAGAACAGAAAAUGAGAAAUUAAAGAGUGAGCUAGACCAACUGAAGAAGCAGGUGACUGAUGAAAUUACCAAAGUCCGUGCAAAUAACAAAUUAGACUUUAAUUUGGAGAAAAGCAAAAUGAAAGAAAUGUUUGCAGACAAUGUCCGGAAACUUGUGGAACUUCAAACAGAAAUAGUAGAAAUGCAUUCCCUGGAGGACAGAUCACUGACACAAACAAAACGAAAGAUUGACACCGAAGUAGCAGGAUUGAAGACUAUGUUAGAAUCCCAUAAACUUGACAGCAUUAAAUACCUUGCAGGAUCUGUGUUUACAUGCCUUACAAUAGCUCUGGGUUUUUACCGCUUGUGGAUGUGACAUUCAACGGCACAG